AUGUCGCAGCAACGUGGCACCCUAACUACCCGGCCCAUCGAAUCUGGCGAUGAGGCAAGGUGGAGAAGCCUUUGGGCGGGUUACAAUGCUUUCUAGUGAGCUAAUGCAAUUCAGAGUGAUUGCGGGCUUUACACACCACGGUAGAGUCCCCUCUUGUCGAUAAUUUUGCUCACUCCUCCUCCCUAUCACAUCUGCAGCGAGCGCGAGAUCGCAGAGAAGGUCACCAAGACUACAUUUGCCCGCUUCCUGGACCCGGAUGAUGUGGUGCAAGCUGCGGUAGCGGUUAGCGCAGAGGGACAUGUACUCGGCUUUACCACCUCGAUGCCCCACCGUAGCACUUCCAGCAGUGAGUGACCGGCAACAAGCCAAGCGCAAUCUCGGGGGGUGCCAGUCCUUGGAUAACGUCUGUCACAGUUCCGUCUCACGAUGUUGACCUGACUUUUCGCAUGAUCAAUCACGUGCUUGUAGUCGAAGAUGUGGUAUAGUGAGUCAAGAACCUCUCUGCGGCCCGCCAAUGCGCUUUCAUGUUCAUCGACCUGGAUGCCUCUGCUCUGUGUAACAGCCUUCAGGAUCUCUUCGUGGAUCCGAGCAUUCGCAACGGAGGUGCGGGUCGAGCCUUGAUCGAGCACGUCUACGCUGAAGCAAGACGAGUCAAGUCGCCAAAAGUGUACUGGCACAAUCAGAUCCACAACCACCGAGCUCAAGUAAGUUUGAUCGGCCAAAGAUCUUUCGCGCUUCCGCAAUUGUGCAAACUUGACACACGAUGCCACGAUUGCAACGUUGCUAGUUGCUGUACGUCAAAGUAGGCAAGAGAUCCGACCGUGCUAUGUAUACGUGGGACCCGGACUACAAGCUGUUGGGUGAGCAUCAAAAGGAGUAAUUAGCCGCGGACAUCGCAACCGGCAUCACUCGUCAAGCGCUUUGUCAAAGUGACCUCCGAAUAACCGAAGGAUGGCUGGGCAUCUCGGAAGACGUGUUCUUCGCAUCGUCGUUGAGAUCCUUUAGCCCACAGCAUACUUUGACUGCUUUGCCAAUUCGGGAUGACGUAUCUGAGCUAAAGGCAGCCUCUGAGAAUUUGUGCAAGACCGAACCAUCGACGACUGGUGAUUCUCAGCGUAGGAAUGGAAGUAGCAACGAGAAUGAGGAGCCGUGA